AUCCGUCCCGCCUUGCCGGCACUGUACGCGCUGGGGCGCUCGGCAGACGGACAAACAUCACUUGUACGUAGAUACGUAGUAUAGCUGGGACGGAAGUCGGUCGUGUGUUGACUAUAGUCAGUGUGAUUUUCCUCAGCUUCGCGAUAUAAUAAUCUGGUGUGAUGUCGGAAGAGUCGCAGACGCGGGAGGCGGUGGAGCAAGUGACGCAGGACGUGAAGGACGUCAAGCUGGAGAACGGCGGAGCGGCGGGGGCAGCGGUAGGCGCGGGGGCAGCGAGCGCGACCAACGGAACGCCCGCCAAGAACGACGACAAUGCUAUACCCUUUAAAGAUGCUUUCAAAUUAUUUUCGAAAUUCGGCGAUCCAAAAUCUGACGGAAAACUGAUUACAUUAUCCCAAAGCGAUAAAUGGAUGAAGCAAGCGAAGGUCAUCGACGGAAAGAAGAUCACUACUACCGAUACUGCCAUUCACUUCAAGAAGCUCAAAUCAUUGAAAGUCGGUGUUGAUGAUUAUCAGAAAUUCCUUGAUGACUUGGCCAAAAGCAAAAAGGUCGAACUAGAAGAAAUCAAAAGAAAACUGACAACGUGCGGACAACCUGGGAUUACAACUCAUUUACCAAAAUCUCCCGCGGCCGCCGCCGCUGUGGACAGACUGACGGACACUAGCAAGUACACCGGCUCCCACAAGCAGCGCUUCGAUACCACCGGUAAGGGCAAGGGAAUUGCCGGCCGUAAGGAACUCGUCGACGCAUCGGGAUACGUCACCGGCUACCAACACAAAGACACCUACGAUAAGUCACACUAACAUGUUAAGUCUUUAUGGCCUUAUAAUUAUGUUACAUGUAAUCCCAAUCUAUUGUAAUUAUUAAAUAAUCCGAUAAUAUUACAUUUGGUACAAAAUAGAUAUGUGCAAAUGGUUACGUAUAUUCUCAGUUAUUAUUUUCAAUAACAAUGUCCCAAUUUACAAAGCUUUUUGAAAAUGAAAUUACAUGACAGGGUGCACUUUGUAACUCAAAUAUAAGCAAACAGUGAGAUUUUUUAUGUAUUUUGAACAAUUUAUAACCGAACCAAAUAAAGCUGUCUUAUUAGAUUUUUGUCUAAUGUUUGGGAUUUUUAAGUCAGCAUAAUAUGUGCCUUUAAUUUAUUUAAUAAAUAAAAAACUGAAAUUAUUAAUUGCUAAUACAAAUGAAAAGGCAUUUAAUAGUCGUCCAAUGUUGGUGUAAUAUCUAAGUUAAGGCGGCUUUCCUGUUUUACGGGAAAUUGUGAGUAUUUUUUUAAUAAUCUCUCGCGUCCUACUGACAGCUAUUUACUACUCGUAAAUUGUUUGGUUAAUAGAAAUAAUUGAGGAAAGUGUGUAUGAAAUUCAUUUAAGUUAUCCUCGAAAUUUUAAAUAUGUAUAAAAAAUCCAAAAGUAAUUG